UUCAUUUCUAGUUAUCCCCGUGAAAAGGAUCAAGGUGUUGCCUUUGAAAAGAAGAUUGCUCCUGCUGAUUUAGUCAUGUUCUUUGACUGUCAAGAUGCCACAUUGGUUUCCCGUGUUAUGGCCCGUGCUGCUGCCUCUACCGAGAAACGUGCAGAUGAUAACGAAGAGACCAUUAAGACCCGUAUUGCCACCUUCAGAUCGAACACUAAUGAUAUUUUGUCUCAAUACACUGAUAAAACUUUAGUGAUCAAUGCUGAACGCGGUGUCGAUGAAAUUUUCAAUGAUGUCACCUGUGCCUUGGACUGUUUGAUACAGAAGAAAGCUGUUGCCGUUGCACAAGCAUAAAACUGAAGUCUCAAAUUAAUUUAAUUUAUAACUAUUUUUUGUUCUAGUUUUAAAACUCUCAAACCAAAGAAAUUAAAUAAAAAAACACAAAUUUUCAAAAUAGUAAA